CUAAUGAUAGCACCAGAACUAUCCAGAAGGUCUCCACAACCAACUUUCUCACUACCUUAUAAAACCCUAAUUUCACCCCAAUCGCCACCAAUUCUCCGACGAUCCACCACCAACCACCACCACCACACACCAUGGCCGACGAAGCCAAAGCCAAAGGCAACGCUGCCUUCUCCGCCGGAAACUUCACGGAAGCCAUCCGCCACUUCACUGACGCCAUCAACCUCGCCCCAAACAACCACGUCUUAUACUCCAACCGCUCCGCCGCAUACGCCUCGUUAAACCAGUACUCUGAAGCCCUAACCGACGCCAAAAAAACCGUCGAUCUGAAACCGGACUGGUCCAAAGGCUACUCUCGGCUCGGCGCGGCUCACCACGGCUUGCGCCAGUACGACGACGCCGUAUCGGCGUAUAAGAAAGGUCUAGAAGUUGAUCCGAAUAAUGAAACGUUGAAAUCCGGACUUGCUGAUGCUGAGUCAGCUCAGGCGGCUGCGUUGGCGAGUUCUAGGUCACGUGAGUCACGUGCGGGUGCGGGUGCGGGUAACUUGUUUGGUGAUGCGUUUGGGCCGGAUAUGUGGGCCAAGCUUACGGCGGAUCCGGCUACGAGAUUGUAUAUGCAGCAACCGGAUUUUGUUAACAUGAUGAAGGAUCUGCAACGAAACCCUAGCAAUUUGAAUUUGUAUUUGCAGGAUCAGAGGGUUAUGCAGGCGUUAAGUGUGUUGUUGAAUGUGAAGAUGCAGGCUCAUGCUCCUGGAGAUGAUGUGGAGAUGCCGGAUUCUCCACCGAAAGAGAGGAAACGGCCUGCCGAUGAAGCGGAACCGGUUAAGGAGAAGAAACGGGAGCCAGAGCCUGAACCGGAGCCAGAACCAAUGGAGGUGUCUGAGGAGGAGAGGGAUGUUAAGGAGAGGAAAGUGCAGGCUCAGAAGGAGAAGGAGGCUGGGAAUGCUGCUUAUAAGAAGAAGGAUUUUGAAACGGCUAUUGGACAUUAUACAAAGGCGAUUGAAUUGGAUGAUGGGGAUGUUUCGUUUUUGACGAAUAGAGCUGCUGUGUAUUUGGAGAUGGGGAAGUAUGAUGAAUGCAUUAAAGAUUGUGAGAAGGCUGUGGAGAGAGGAAGAGAGCUUCGUUCGGAUUACAAGAUGGUUGCAAGAGCUUUGACAAGAAAAGGAACUGCUUUGGUGAAAAUGGCAAAAACCUCCAAAGACUAUGAACCUGCAAUUGAGACUUUCCAAAAAGCUCUUACAGAGCAUCGUAAUCCAGACACAUUGAAGAAGCUUAAUGAUGCAGAGAGAGCAAAGAAGGAACUGGAACAACAAGAAUAUUAUAGCCCUGAACUUGCUGAAAAGGAACGUGAAAAAGGAAAUGAAUUCUUCAAAGAGCAGAAAUACCCGGAUGCUAUUAAGCAUUACACGGAAGCUAUACGAAGAAACCCCAAAGAUGCGAAGGCAUACAGUAAUAGAGCUGCUUGCUACACUAAACUUGGGGCGAUGCCCGAAGGUUUAAAGGAUGCAGAGAAGUGCAUAGAAAUUGAUCCUAAAUUCUCAAAAGGGUACACUAGAAAAGGUGCAAUUCAGUUUUUCAUGAAAGAAUUUGACAAAGCUUUAGAGACAUACCAGGAGGGGUUGAAACAUGAUCCUCAAAACCCUGAGUUACUAGAGGGAAUACGAAGCUGCGUUCAACAAAUUAACCGAGCCAGCCGUGGGGAUUUGACGCCUGAUGAGCUAAAAGAGAGACAGGCUAAGGGUAUGCAAGAUCCGGAAAUUCAGAAUAUUCUAACAGAUCCUGUUAUGGCACAAGUUUUGAAAGAUCUUCAAGAAAACCCGAAGGCUGCGCAGGAUCACAUGAAGAAUCCUUCUGUGAUGAACAAGAUUCAGAAGCUGAUCAGUGCUGGCAUUGUGCAGAUGAGAUAAACUGUUUCUUGAUUAUUUAUUUGGGCGUAGAUUUAAACUGAUAAAGUUUUGUUUUGUUUAAUUGAGGGAUAAUGAUUUUUGUUUUCAACUGUUGGGUAUUUGUUUUUCAUGUGUUGCGUUCUCUCUAUUAUAACACCACGUCAAAAUGUAUGUGUCUUGUCUUUUAUCUCUCAUAUCGUUUUAUUAUUAA